AAACGAUGAAGCGCGUGAUAGAAAAGCUAAGUUUUUGGGCUCUUUAAAUCAUUUGAUUCCUCUUCGGAGCUGCUCUGCGUUGGGAUUCGAGGCGCAACACAGAGAUUUGGCAUCCAGAAGAGGAAGGAGAAGAAGAAGAUUGCUCCAAUGGCUGAUCCUGAACUAGAAGCUAUUAGACAGAGGAGAAUGCAAGAGCUCAUGGCUCGACAUGGCACUCAGGGGAAGCAGGGCGGCAAUCAGCAGAAUCCAGAUCAAGAGAGAGCUCAAGAAGAUGCUAAAAGGGAAGCUGAUGAACGUAGACAAAUGAUGCUUAGUCAAAUAUUGUCUUCCCAAGCCCGAGAGAGAAUUGCUCGAAUUGCCCUGGUGAAACCUGAGAAAGCUAAAGGCGUAGAGGAUGUUAUUUUGAGGGCUGCUCAAAUGGGACAGAUUGUUGAGAAGGUUUCUGAGGAGCGACUUAUAACACUGUUGGAACAAAUAAACAGUCAAACAACCAAGCAGACUAAAGUCACGAUCCAGAGGCGUCGUGGGGUGGACGACGAUUAGGAAGAAGAAGAAGAUUAUGCGAUCUAUGGGAGAUCUCACUGUUGAGUUCACUAAGAUGUACUUAAAAAUGUUUAUUGUGAGUGAAUCUUGAUACUCUUUGGAAUGAGAUCAUAAAAGUAAAUCUCAAACUGAAACUCUUCAUUUUAUCCUUUCUGGCAUUUCCUCUGUGAACCAUCCCUAUCUCUUCUUAUCUUCCUCUCCUCCUCGCAUUGCCUUGUAUGGUUUGAAUAUUAAUCUAAAAGAAAAGAAAAACGAUUGUGUUCUGAUA